AUCAGGUCAUUUGGCUCGACAGCGGGCACCGCGUCAUCUGGCAAGGCAGUGGGCACCGAGUCACCAGGCACAACAGUGGGCUCUGAGUCAAUUGGCACGACAGCGGGCACCGGGUCAUCUGGCGCUGGAUCGUCUGGCUCGACAGCGGGCAUCGGGUCACCAGGCAUGACAGCGGGCACACUGGUUCAUCAGGCAUUGGAUCGUCUGGCUCGACAGUGGGCAUCGGGUCACCAGGCAUUGGAUCGUCUGGCUCGACAGCGGGCACUGGGUCAUCAGGCGUGAUAGGAUCAUCAGGCUGGAUCAGUUCAUCAGGCUGGGUACAGGCAUCAGGCUGGGUACAGGCAUCAGGCUAGGUACAGGCAUCAGGCUGAAGUGCGGGUGCCGAGGCACCAGGC